AGCACAGCCGGACUGGCAGCGUGAGGGGCCAUGGCGACCUACGUGCAGCUGAACACCGGAGCCAAGAUGCCCAUCCUGGGGCUGGGCACCUGGAAGGUAACAGCUUGAGAGAAAACCACUCGGACUGCACAGCUCCCUGGCACCAAGCUCGCUUGCUUCUGCUCGGCCUGCCUGUGGGACUGAGCCUGUGUGAGAGAGGGGCUAUGCAGAAAUGGAUGGAGUUUUGCCAUUCUUCUUCUGCUAGGAAACAGGCAUUCACACUGCACUGAUUUGAACUGCUAAAGGCAUCGUUUUCAGUCCCCACCAGGGCAAGUGACAGCUGCAGUGAUGGCUGCAAUCGAUGCUGGAUACCGCCACUUUGAUGGUGCCUAUGCGUACCAGAACGAGAAGGAGGUUGGGGAUGCGAUCCAGCAGAAAAUCAAGGAAGGCGUUGUGAAACGAGAGGACCUCUUCAUUGUCAGUAAGCUGUGGUCCACAUUUCAUGAAAGACAUCUGGUGAAGGGAGCCUGCCAGAAAACUCUUGCCGAUCUAAAACUGGAUUACCUGGAUCUCUAUCUCAUCCACUGGCCUUCUGGCUUCAAGGCUGGAGAGGAUCUAUUUCCCACAGAUGACAACGGCAUGGUUAUACCCAGUAACACUGACCUUCUAGAAACAUGGGAGGCCAUGGAAGAGCUGGUGGAUGCUGGCCUGGCAAAAGCCAUUGGCAUCUCCAACUUCAACCAUGAGCAGAUUGAAAGAAUCUUGAACAAGCCAGGACUGAAAUACAAGCCUGCAAACAACCAGAUUGAAUGUCAUCCAUACCUGAUCCAGGAGAAGCUGAUCAACUACUGUCAAUCCAAAGGGAUUGCUGUGACAGCAUAUAGCCCCUUUGGCUCUCCUGACAGACCAUGGGCUAAGCCAGAGGAUCCUUCUCUUCUGGAUGACCCCAAGAUUAAAGAGAUUGCAGCCAAGCACAACAAAACUGCAGCACAGGUUCUCCUUCGCUUCCACAUCCAGAGAAACGUGAUUGUGAUCCCCAAGUCCGUCACACCACAGCGCAUUGUGGAGAACUUCAAGGUCUUUGACUUUGAAUUGACUCAAGAAGAGAUGGCAACUCUUCUCAGCUUCAACAGGCACUGGAGGAUGGGUAUAGUGAGCCAGGCCAAAACACACAAGGAGUACCCUUUCCAUGCAGAAUACUGAUGCUGUUUGUAACCUGGCCUUCACUAUACCCCUGGUGUUUCAUGUGCCUCUCCCCUAGCUUUGAGCUCUGUAUCCAGCUUUCUUAAUGCGGCUGUCCUGAUGCUGCCAGUGAAAUCAAAGGACAUUUAUUCCAUUGAUUUUGUCUGACUUUAUUCUUUGGAAGAUGGAAAGAGAAGAGUUCAGUAGAAUAAGUUGUGGGAUGUAAUAAUUUCCUGCUUAUCAGAAGAGAGGAGGAUUACUGAAGUAUCUGGGCAGAACUGCUCAGCGGAAAAUGAGGACAUCUUGAAUGCAUGAACCACUAUUCAGCAAGUGCCUUCAGUCUUGCAUCAGCACAAACCAGAGGCUGAGAAUCCACAAGAGCAAACAGACAUCCACCACUGCAUGAGAAGGCUCACAAAUUUUAAAUAAAAGUAACUUGAAAGCGUGAAAUCAUUACUGGCUGAAAUGUUGGUGCAGGGGUGGUGGGUUGGAUCAUUUUUUUUAGAAAUUAAAUGAAAUCUCUAUGAAUUUUA